CAGCAGCAGUUUCACCAACAUCAGCCUACACAUGUAUGACCUGCAAGAGAUCCCCUCCAGUAGGAAGUAUGUCGUUGUAGGUGAUGGUCGACUGCAAGAAGUGCAAGCCAUCGGUGGUAGUAGUCUUCGUUUCUUUCAGGAGGAUGAGAAUGGUGAGAAUACGACGAUGUGUGUGAAGCUCACUGACGUGUCUGUUGUAGAGAGCUCGAGCUUCAACUUGUUCUCAACGCAUGCUGCUUCUCUGAAGCAACCAAUCCUCUACGACGAACGUGGUGCAACCCUACAAAAUGGACUGCUCCUUGCUAGAGAGGAAAACGAGUCUGCAACGUAUGCAAUGCGGUUGCCGUACGACCCAUCUGCGACUAUUAACUGCCCAGCGGAGAGGCAUCGUGCUCACGGGCAAGCUGGAACCGUGCACGGACUGCAUGAGGGCAGGAGAGGGUCGGUGCCGCGGGGGCCAGGAGCGCGGGCGUCUAAGCCCCUCGGGCGUGUUCACCUGGACCUGUGUGGACCGCUGGUGCCUUCCCUGGGCGGCAACCUCUACCUGUUCGUCGCCGUGGACAGCGCCUCGCGGUGGAACAAAGUCUACGGUCUCCGGCGGAAGUCCGACGCGCUGGCGGCAACGAAAAGGCUGCUGGCGGGUGUGGGGCGGUACGACCUCGGGCGCAUCAAGUGUUUCCGCGUCGACAACGGCACCGAGUGGACCCGCGGCGACUUCCGGCGCUUCUGCGACCACAACGGCAUCGGCGUCGAGUUCACACCUCCUGGCGUUCCGCAGUACAACGGCGUCGUCGAGAGCGCCAUCUGGCGCAUCAUGAAGGUCGGCAUGGCCGCUCGCCGCAGCGCUGGCCGUGUGUUCAACGUCGACUUCGCCUCCAUCCCCGGCCUCGACGAGCGCGGUGACCGUCUUUGGAUGGAAUCGGCGAAGUGGGCCGCCGACGCUCUCAACCAGUCGGCGACCAAGGCCAACCCCGGGCGGCGCUCGCCGCACGAGAUGUUCACCGGCGAGCAGGGGCCGUUCCGCGUGCUGCCGUUCUUCCAGCCCGGCUUCAUGCGCGAGGACCGCCGCACCAAGCUCGACGACCAGGCCACGCUCUGUUACUACCUGAACGGCGGCGACAACCACCCGAGCGGCACCGUCAAGGUCCUCAAGGCGUCCACCGGCCGCGUCGUCUACACCAACAACGUGUCGUGGGUGACGUCGGCGCCAGCCGGCGAGGGGGGUUCCGCUGGACUUAUCUCGCUGCUCGACAAGAAGACUCUGGUGUCGAUGCUGGAGGCUCGGAGCGCGGUGGAUGAGAAGCGCAGGGAGCCGGGGGGAGCGUGGGCCGGAGAGCAGGGGGGAGCACUCGCAGCGGCGGACCCGGAGACUGGAGACGCGGGCUUUCCACCCUCAUUUGCCACGCUCCUCGCCAACCGGGAAGACAUCGACGCCACGCUGCGAGACCAGCGCCCGCUAGAGCAACGCCCUGACCUUCCCCACUGCCAGGCCAGCGACCUUGGUGUUCCAAAGAGCUACAAAGAGGCCAUGGCGUCGGAGCACCGGCACCUGUGGAGCGACUCUAUGCAAUGGGAGUUUCAUGGCUUGUUGGAAGCGGGGACUUUUACUCCGGCGAAGUUGACGAUUUCUCAGCAGACUUUCACGGAUGAGCUAGCAGCAGAUUAUGGAGUAGUGGGAGGUAAGAGCGUUCCGAUGCCUUCGGGGGUGAAGCUUUCUGAUUUUGAUGCUGAUUUUGAUGCGGAUGAGGUGGCGACAGACUUUCCGUUUCGUGAACUAGUCGGAUCUUUGAUUUGGCUGGCGACUCAGACUAGGUCAGAUGUUGCGAAUGCAGUAAGGGCAGUAGCUAGGUAUUGCGCAUCUCCGAAGUUGGUACACUGGAAUGCAGCGAUGGAUAUUUUAGGGUAUGCGAGGAGGACGAGUCACUUCGGUAUUUCGCUUCAGAGAGGUACAGUAGAGGGUUUCAGUUUGCAGGGGUACGCUGAUGCGGACUUUGCAAGCAAGGCAGCAGAACGUAGGCCGGUAUCAGGGGGGAUCGUCACGUGUGGAGGAGGCGCUGUGUCUUGGUUUUCCGGAACACAGAAGAGUGUUAUGCUUUCGACGACAGAAGCAGAGGACGUCGCGCUUGGUGACGUAGUGAAGGAGAUCAUAUUUUUGAGGCAGAUUUGGCGUUUCAUGUUGCCGCAGGUCGGCAUGCCGUGCAUCCCAGUCUUCGAGGACAACCAGGGGGCGAUUCAACUAGCGCAGAACCCCAUCUCAAACUCGAACUCGAAGCACAUGAAUGUAAGGCACCAUUUUCUCAGGGAACUGGUAGAGAGGAAGGAAAUUUCGGUGAUCCACGUGCCGCCGCCAUACCAGCGUGCAGACUUUCUGACGAAGAGUUUGUCGAAGGAUGCUUUCGAGUCUCACCGUGAUUUUGUGAUGAAUUUGGCAUGA